AUGAGUCACGGGGGGACACUCGUGGCGGCGGCGGUGAGUUCUUUCUGUGCGCGCCUUAGGGGUCAGGUGGUUCGACACGGUCUCAUAAGCACACCGACCCGUAAGCGGAGGUACGACGCUCGGUUCCCACGUGCCUCUAGGGGCCCCUUCGGUCAUGCGCCGGCGCCUCCUCGGGCCCUGGCCACGCUAAUGGUCACGCCGCGGGCCACAUUUACGAUACAAGCGACUGCAACACGAACGGGUUUCAUUACUCACCGUUUUCUGGGUGUCGUCAACAGGGAACAGGGAUGUGAGUGCAUAAUGCGAUUCGCGACGCGUAACGCGUUGCCCGCGUUAACAUAUCGAGAGCGUCUGGAGCAUGGAGAGGGAAAGUGCGGCAGGUGCGCGUCGGCGAGGGGCGGAGGCCUGGAAUGCGACUAUUAU